UAACCUUCUCCAUCAGCUAUUUCGCAGCCAUGCUUGCCGUCUUGAAGUUGGGAGCAAACCUCCAUGCGAAAUGCCCGCACAACGGGAUGACCGCCUUGCACACCGCGUGCCACGUGGUAAACCCUGACGCCGCGGACCUACUGUUGACAUGGGGCGCUGACGAGACUGCCGCCGACUGGAACGAUGCGGCUGUUUCCGCGGUAAUUCCUAGAAUCGACGAACCUCCCGAAGAAAACCGUCCGGCAAUCCUACGUCUGGCCAAGUUGCUGGAGUUCGCCGACAAGGACAGAACCUGGCGUCGCAGGGGCCUCCUGGUCAUGUGCCGCGCUCACCCAGACAGACUGCUCCUGGCAGCGGACGUCUCCAACAAUACCGCUGAGUCUGUCGGCGAGCUCAGGGAAGGCCGGAACUGCCGCACUAAGCGGGAGGAAGAGAGGGUCGAGACCGCGACGGGCGGCGGAGGCGUUGGCUCCGGGAGCGGCGCAAAGGCCUGGAGCAGCACCGCCCGUCUCACGGGCUCUGUCGGUAAGGCUGCUGUGUUUGAAGCAGGGUCCGACGGUAUGGUAGCCUGGCUCACGACACAGACGAACGAAGGCGUCUUCCGCAACAUCGUGCGGUUCCUGUAGCCUGAGACCAGGCAGGGUUCUCCUAAGCGCCGUCAGCUCUCCGUACAGCAAGAAUGGGGAGGGUAUGGACGCGCGUUUUUGCUACAAGUUCCCUUCAGCUGGAGACGCCCGCAGCGAUGCCUGGCGUGGCCCCGUUUUUUUCGGAUUUUGAUGUGGCAUCAACGCGCAACAAUGGCAGUCGGACACGAACGUUGAUCUUACGAAAAUCGAAAUAAAAAUGCAUAAAAUGUGGAUUGGUACCUCGCCUGUUGAUCUUGUUUGUACGUGUAUCAUUUGUUUCGGGAGAAGCGAAAUGAGGUAUUGUAUCGCCUGAUUCUUGUACGUUGGAACUAUAAGAAUAGGAACCGAUUGUUGUUUUGUUGUAGGGAAGGGUUGCGUUGGUUGUGAGUCGUAUGACUUAAGUCUAUACGAUAUAUUUCUGUCUCUGGUUCGCUUUGCUUGGUGGAAUUCCGCUCAAAGCACUGAUGAAAAGGGGCGGCUGCAGGUUGCACCAUCCUCCUCAAGGAGCAACCAGCAAGAGAGGUGUGACAAUUUUGUGUACAGUAGGAGGGCUUCGUCGGUACUGAUGGUUCAGCCUAGCUGAAAACAAAGUUUCUCUGCCUAUUUACGAGAAAACAGAGAAGGUUGCGUGGAGCCGCGACUAGCUGCGUUCCUUUCCACAGCCACGUUUUCAGUAUUUGCCUUGCCUUGACACGGUGGAAAGCGCUUGUUUGUGAGGUC